UAAGCUAUAGUAUUUGUUUUUAGACUAGACUACUAAAUGAAUCUACUCCAAACAAUGGGAGAGGUCAUGAAUCAAUAAAGUAUCAUUAAUAUGAUGGUAGACAGCUCUGCAUAAAACAUGACAGACUGUGGUUUAGAAAACAACAAAAGACCAACUGACUAGAAGUACAACCCACAGCAGACGCGUACACAGACUUCAGCAGUUUUCAUCUCCGUGAUAAUACACUCAUUACAGGACUUUAAUUUCUCCUUUUCUGAGCUGCUGAAGAAAAUGUUUGGCUUGUUUGUUUUUAUCUGUUUGUGCUUUUGGCAUCUGGAUGUGUUUGGUGCUGAAGAUGAAGUGAAGUCAGUGUCAGUGACGGAGGGAGAAUCAGUCGAUCUACAGACUAAUAUUACUGAACUACAGACACGUGAUCUGAUAACAUGGACAUUUGGAUAUCCAGAGACUCGUAUCGCUCAAAUCAGUAAAGAGGAUGGAAAUGUUCCCACAUAUGAUGAUGUUCUUGAUGGUAGAUUCAGAAACAGACUGAAGCUGGAUCAUCAGACUGGAUCUCUGACCAUCACAAACACCAGAAUCACAGACUCUGGACUUUAUACAGUAAACAUCAAAGGCACAGAUACAACAACCACAUACAGAUUCAAUCUUACUGUCUAUGUCUCUGCAUCUCAGAAAAUACUGAUCUCUGCAGCUGCUGCUGGAUUUCUGUUGAUUGUAGCUGCUGUCGCGAUCUACUUGAUCUACAGGAGACACAGAAAAACAGACCAAGAAGGAACAGAUCAGACUGGUAAUGAAGAGAUCACAUACGCUGAAGCGACAUUCUUCAAACAAAAAGCACAGAAACUGGGAGCCAAAAAAGAGGAUGAGGUGGUAUACGCAGACGUCGUCACAAGAAAUAGAUCAAAUCCCUAAUCAAUAAUAUUAGUAAAGCACACUAGAAAGAUGGCUAUAGUGACAAAGCAGAUUAUGAAGCUGUCUAUCUGCCCAAAAAUGUUUCCAUAUUGUUGUGAUCAAAAUAAGUGAAAAGACUCACUUGAUGAUUCUAGGCUUAGCUUUUAUUAACGUAAACGCUUGAGAAAACCACAACAUGCUAAAUUUGGAGGUAAAACCAGACACUAGGUUAUUUAUUAUACUGAAUACUCAUCAAUUUCUAUUUGGCAUCUUAUAUUCAGUGUGAUGUUUUGUCAGAAACUAUUCAAAGACAUCCUUUAUAUUUGUGUUCUACAAGGGAUUACACGGUUAGUGUUAGUUAGCAAAACAAACCCAGCUUUCAUUAGAAUAUGCAAGAAUAUACACAAACUGCACAAUCAAAAGUGAAUUCAGGUGUAAUUUAAUCAAUUUAUAUUAAGAGCAA